AUGAAGGUCUUCACUAUCACAGCUAUUUCCUCUCUUCUCACCCUCACCGCCGCCUUGUCUCCGCCAUACGAACCCAUCUGCGAGACCUGCGUCUACACACCUAAUGAGAACAAGUGCGACAUCACUACGUCGUGCACGUAUGUUUGGGGCCACGACAACCCACAUACACCUGGCCCAUACUACUGCGCUUGCCGCCACGGUUACCGUGCGACUGGGUAUGAGGCCAACAACAUGGAGGUGCAGUGGCGUCUGCCAUGGUAUGGCACGCCGAGCGGCGAUCCGAGCCAGGAGGGGAGGGUGUUUGUGAAGCCGGGUGUUGAAUGUAAUACACUCUGUGAUGACUGGUAUCUCGGAAAGGAUGGGUGCAAGGCCGUGCAGGAGAAGAAGUGGUGCAUGUAG